AUGGAAAAUAAAUCUCAAGUCAAUGAAUUCCUUCUGCAUGGAUUCCCUGUAACCGAGGAGCUAAGGAUAAUCCACAUCAUUGUUUUUUUAAUAAUUUAUUUGAUAGCCCUCAUUGAAAAUCUCAUCAUCAUCACUGUCAUUGUUUAUAGCCAUCAGCUGCAUUCACCCAUGUAUUUUUUUCUAGUCAAUCUAUCCUUGCAAGAUUUUGGCUCCAUCUCUGUCACAGUUCCCAAGUCGAUGACAAAUUCCUUGAUGAACACAGAAGCCAUUUCUUAUUCUGGAUGUCUCUGCCAAGUUUUUUUCCUUGUUUUCUUCAUCCUGUCUCACUUCUUUCUCCUGUGUGUCAUGGCAUAUGAUCGUUAUGUAGCCAUCUGUAACCCACUGCAUUAUGAGACUAUACUGAACAAAAAAGCCUGCAUCAAAAUGGCAACCAGUGUCUGGAUGUGUGGGCUGUCUUAUUCAAUGCUCCAUACAGGAAAUUUGUUUACAGUGAAGUUCUGUUCAAGCAUCAUCAAUCAGUUUUUUUGUGAAAUCCCUCAGUUGCUCAAGAUAUCUUGUUCUGAUUCUUAUGCUGCAGAAGAAUGGAUACUCAUUCUAGGUUCUUCUUUAGCAUUCAUUCUUUUUGUUCUAAUUGUGUUUUCCUAUGUGAGGAUUUUUAAAGCAGUUUUGCAAAUCCCAUCUAACCAAGGGAAGCAGAAGGCCUUCUCUACUUGCUUACCUCACCUCAUAGUCAUUUGUAUUUUUAUGGUAAGUGGUACCUUUGCAUACCUGAAACCCAUAUCCAGUUCCCCAUCAACAUCAGACAUCCUGAUUUCUAUGUUUUACUGUGUGGUGCCACCAAUCAUGAAUCCAUUGAUCUACAGCAUGAGAAACAAGGAACUCAAAAUGGCAAUCUGGAAACUGAUCCUCAAUAUUUUUUCUAACACUUUGCCCCAAAUUUUUCAGUUUUGUGUAGUUUAA